AUGUCGCUCUUUACAUCGAUCGAUUUAACAACAGGUUGGGAGUUUAAGCGCUCGAAUGAUACAUCAUUGCAAGCAUGGCGACAAGUUGACAAGCUCCCAACUGUAGUCCACCUAGACUUAAUGCGUUAUAAUUUAAUCCCAGACCCAUUCCGCGAUCUGAACGAAUCGAAGGUACAGUGGGUAGGAGAAGAAAGCUGGAGUUAUCGAUGCAGCUUUACUCCUUCACCCAAGGAUGAUGCAGACCGAGUAGCUCUUUUGUUUGAGGGCUUGGAUACCUUCGCACAUGUGAAACUCAACGGGACUGAUAUCCUUCAGAGCAAUAAUAUGUUUAUAUCGCACCAUAUUGAUGUUACGUCACUCCUCAAUUUCAGUGGCAAGAAUAUUCUAGAAAUAGACUUUGAAUCCGCCUUACUAAAGGCAAGAGAUAUUCGAAGAGAACACCCCGAGCACAAUUACAUCGGACAUUUAGGCGAAGUUGAGAGAUUGGGUGUGAGAAAAGCUCCAUAUCAUUGGGGUUGGGAUUGGGGACCUAAGCUGAUGACGGCCGGCCCGUGGCGCCCAAUACGCUUACAAAAAUACAGCAGCCGCAUUGAGGACAUAUGGUUAGAUUAUACCCUUGAUGAAGCCUUGAAACAUUGCGAAGGAACAAUAUUUGCCCGUGUCGAUGGAUGUGUCGGAGAUGAGAUCCGUCUGGCUCUACGCAAUCAGGAAGGGGAUGUACUGUUUGAAAAAAGAUUACCAGUACAUCCAGAAGGUCAUGUACAGGCUGAAUUUGCAUUGCAAAAUGUCGCUUUGUGGUACCCACAUGGCUAUGGGUCACAGUCUCUGUAUUACAUCGAUGGUGAAGUGUUCACAAACGAUAAAGCAGUCCACCUUCUGGCGCGGAGAGUUGGUUUCCGGCGCGCAGAGCUUAUCCAGGAAGCUGACAUAUAUGGUAAAGCGUUUUACUUCCGCGUCAAUGGAAUUGACAUAUUCGCAGGAGGGAACUGCUGGAUUCCUGCCGAUAGCUGCAUCCCGAGGUUAUCCGCCGAAAGAUACAGACAGUGGAUAAGGUUAAUGGUGGAAGGAAAUCAAAUCAUGACCAGAGUCUGGGGCGGCGGGAUCUACGAAGAAGAUAUAUUCUACGACACCUGCGAUGAAUUAGGAAUUCUAGUAUGGCAAGACUUCAUGUUCGCCUGUGGUUCAUAUCCAGUUUUCCCAUCCUACCUUCAGUCAGUGGAGUCAGAGGCUAGAGCGAAUGUUCGUCGCUUGCGGCACCAUCCAUCCAUUAUAAUUUAUGCUGGCGGCAAUGAGAAUUACUACAUACAAGAGACAUAUGGUCUUAGCUAUGAUUACGAAGGCGACAAAGACCCACAGUCGUGGCUCAAGUCGACGUUCCCAUCACGCUACAUAUAUGAGCAUUUACUACCCAGAGUCGUGUCUGAAGAAUCAUCCUCCGUUGUUUACCGUCCGGACAGUCCGUGGGGCGAUGGAAAGCCGAUUUUAGACCCCAGCGUCGGAGACAUCCAUCAAUGGGAAGUUUGGCAUGGCAUUAUGCGUCCUUAUCAGACUUAUGAACAGAUCGGAGGUCGAUUCAACAGCGAAUUUGGAAUGGAGGCGUUUCCGCAUAUGAGCACGAUCAUGCGCUUUGUAUCCGACCCCAAGGAGAUGUACUCGCAGUCCUUAACUAUGGACUUCCAUAACAAGGCACGUGGCUACGAAAGGCGACUUGGUGGCUAUAUUUUGGAGAACUUUAGAGUAUCGACAACAGAUUUCAAGUACUGGGUUUAUCUUACACAACUUGUUCAGUCUGAGGCUAUGAAUUAUGCCUACCGUGGGUGGCGUCGUCACUGGGGAAAGCCUUCCGCACGUCGGAGCGGGGGAGCCCUUGUGUGGCAGUUGAAUGACUGCUGGCCUACAAUAUCAUGGGCGGUUGUGGAUCAUUAUCUCGUCAAAAAGCCAGCCUUUUACUCAAUAAAGCGAUCCAUGGAACCUCUGUCAGUCAAUGUUUUACGCAAGCACCAAGACUGGACUGCUGGCCAUGCUUGCCCAGCUCUUGUUUCUCAUUACGAUAUCUGGGUAGCAAGCAGCAAAACUACAAUGGUCAAGGAGGCUGUAUUGGAGGUAAGGUUUAUUUCGAUUCGAACGGGUCUCGAUUCUUUUCCGCCCCAGAAACAUGCAGUAAGGGUUCAGCCUAAUAGCACAACCACAGUUUGCCAGGGUAUUCCAAUUCAGAACCCUGCAGGUCACGACACUUUCGUCAUCUGUGCCAAGCUUGUAGUUGAUUCUCAAGUCAUAAGUAGGCACGCUGAUUGGCCCCAGCCAUACAAAUAUCUUUCCUUCGACGAUGACCGUGGACUUGUGAUUCGCUUUGAAGACGAUUACCGCCAUAAGCUUCGAGUUUCAGCUUCGAAACCAGUCAAGGGAUUGGUUUUCAGCGAAAGACCUGGAUUGAAUUUCAGCGACAAUGGAUUUGAUGUUAUUCCUGGGGAAGAAUAUUCAAUUGAAGUCAGAGGACUCCAAGAAAACGAAUUGCUUGAGUAUAUCUGA